AUGGAUCCAAACAAAUACGAUGGUGACAUUCAUCAAGUGCCAAUCCCAAUGGACUUGGAUACAGAUGACAACAGUCCCUCUGGCUUGACUGAAAAAAGUCCCUCUUCAUUAUCCACCAGGAUUAAGACUGAGCCUAUUGAUAAUGAGUCCAUUAUCAACGAGUCCUUCGGCGAUGAUUCAUCCGUUGAUAUCGAAGGGUUCUCUCCUCCUUCAAAGAAAGUCAAGACUGAGCAUGAUGUUGAUGAUAAUAUGGCCAUGGAACAAGCUGAAACUGGUCGUCGUCUCUCGGACCUACAGGAACUGUUCACCAAGCACAAGGGCGGCCGUAAGGUUGGUAGUGGUGCCGGCGAGAAGAGAAAGCAGGCUGGUCAGUAUUCACAGAAUAAAAAUACUGUGAAAACCAAUACACGCUUUGCCAAAAUGAACGAUGCUCAGAAAGAAGACUCCCGCGCCCAUGCUGCUGAUCGCGUGGCGAAGAGCCGGGCUCUCAAGAAGCUACGCCAAUCAGAGGAGUACCAGCAGAUGACCUCGGAAGAAAGAGGUAUUGCAGAGCAACUCGUCGCAGCAGAGCUAAAUGAGGCAAGAGCACAAGCAGGCUACUCCAGGGAGUUUGUCCGCAGCAAAUUGGUGGCUGAAAAAACUCUCUUGGAAGAGAAAAUAGGUCGCCACGAAGAGUUUCUCGCGCUACAUAGCGAGCUUGCGAGAGAAAACCCUGAGCAUGCAAUAUUCUGGGAGGAUAUUGAUAGUGAGGAUGAGAAUGCUCCCUUGGCCUCAGUCAAGGUGGGCUUUGUUGAUGAGAUCAAGGAUGACACUGUCAUUUUGGACCAGGCUGUUGAGAUGGCAUUUCUGGAUGCAAUCUCUCAGGAUUUAGAGCCUGUGGAGUCGCUUACGGGUUCUCGAGAGCCCCUGGAUGUGACUGCGGCGGCCCAGGCAGCUGAAACUCGACAAAGCCUCAACCCUAGCAAAUUGUCUCACAGCUUCCAAAUGUGGAUCAUGUUCAGAAAUGCUCGUGUGCAACACUUGGCCGACCUGGAGAAUAAGCUGAGGGAGCUCCACAAAAUGGGUGGACUCUUUACCUACAGCUACGAUAUCAAAGCAAUUACGGCUGCGAUUGAGGCAGGACAGCUUACCCUCAAAGGUUCUAAGCUUGCGAAAUAUGACCAAUGUCUGCCAUUCAUUGUCCAGGGCGAGCCCACUCUUGCUGCUGCUAAGCUCUACAGAGACAAACGCCUUCAUCCUGGGCGGUUUUUCAAUGAAUAUGAUCGCGGUCUCUUGAGAUGCCUUUGGGGUGCCGACGAAGAAGAGUGGAUUGAACUCCCUGGUCCUGCCGACUUCUGGCCUGAUGAUCCUACCUGGUACUCUGCCAAUGGCUUUGAACCAAGAAUCGACCAAAGCGCCAACUACAAACGGGCUUUGGCAGCUUUGGAUAGUGACUUCGUCGAGGGGUGGGAAGACCAUCUUUUUCAUGAACAUGCCCCGUACGACUUGGUGUGGAACAAAUUCUUCGGGCUCUUUGGUGCCUGA